AUGCGUUCUCUUUCGUUCGUGCCCCUGGUGGGCGGCGUUCUGCCUUUCUUCCUUUCCCCCGUCGUUAAAUCAAAGCCGGCCUCUUUUGCUGUCAGCAUCCGCGGAGGGGGCGUGGAGUUUGUCGAUGAACCCCUCAGCGCAAACAUCGGAGUGAGCACGUCCAACGAUUUGAUCCACUUUACCCUGGCCACACCGCCGCCUACUGUCGCCCCCUCUGUAUUUGUGAAUGGGGGCUCCGGCAUCGGCUCGCUGGGCUCACUCGACGACCAGCCGGGUCAGAGUCAGAAUAUACCAGGCCAGCCAGGCCAGCCGGGUCAGAUAGUCCCAGGACAGCCAGGCCAGUCGGGUCAGCCGGGUCAGAGCGUUCCAGGCGAGGACGUCCCGGGCCAGAGCCAGAGCGUCCCGGGCCAACCAGGGCAGGUCGUACCGGGCCAGCCAGGUCAGGUCAUUCCAGGACAGUCAGGACAGCAGGGACAACCAGGACAGUCAGGACAAGUCGUGCCAGGACAGACCAUCGCAGUCCAGGGCUCGUCGGGCGGGAGCGUCACUAUACCAGGCAUCACCGUUCCCGGCUUCACUAUCUCAGGCAUCACCACUGUGGCGGGCGUCACCAUGCCAGCCCAGACCUUGCCAGCGCAAAGCGCAGGCGAGUCGCCAGCCCAGAACUCCCCGGGGCAGGUCCUUUCGCAGUCUCCGGGCUCGUCGACGAGAUCAGGGCAAUCGAGCACGUCGACUCAGGCAACACAAAACGGACAGCCUGUGACGAACAACAAGAAUGGGGCAGGGAGGCCGACUCAGGCUUUGUGGACGGGCGUGUACGGUGCUUAUGUCCUGUACAAGAUGUUUAACGUGUUUGCGUUGUAA